UGAUUUCACUGAUGAUGUCAGCUGUGUAUAACUGCCGGAAGUAGUCGGGUACCUCAGGUCGGAUACGCCACAGUCGCACGUAUAGCGGGUAUGGUUUUACAUUUGAGAGAUGGACCCUGAAAACUCAGAGGACUUUGGACCGGACGUGAUCCUCAUCGAGGAUGAUGAACAAGAAAUCGGAGGCCUGAUCAACUCUGAUGGAGAAGAAGUGGAUUUCCCAGAUCUCAAAGAACCAGUUAGUGAGCCAGAACCUGAACAGAGCAGCUCCCAUGAAGAGCGUCAGCAAAAGCCAGAGGAGCCAAAACAAGACAGAGGGGCUCGCAGAGCCAAGAAGAAAUACGAAUGUCCGACCUGUGGAAGAUUUUUCCCUCACAACACCGCUCUGCAGCGACACCUAGUGGUUCACUCGGGAAAAAGACCGUAUAAGUGUUUCAUAUGUGGGAGAGGGUUCACCCAGAGUGGAAACCUCAAAACACACAUGAAAGUUCACAGAGGAGAGCUACCAAAGUGGACAUUAGUUCAAGAGAAGCGGCCUCCUGAAGAAACUCCUGUGGUUCAUGUGUGUGGAGAUUGUGGGAUGGACUUCCCUCAGAAACAGCAGCUGGAGGAACAUCGCAAGACUCACAAAAAACCUUUCGCAUGCCCUGACUGUGACAAAAGAUUCAAAAACGAAUAUUAUUUUCAGCUGCAUAAGCGAGUUCACUCAGGAGAGUCACUGUUCAUCUGUUCGGAGUGCGGAAAGAGUUUUGUUACAGUCGGUUCUCUUAAAACACACGAGUUGACGCACACUGGAGAGAAGAACUUCCACUGUGAUCAGUGUGGGAAGUCGUUCUCACAGUCCGCCCACCUCCGCUUGCACCUUGAGACUCACACCAGAGCGCGGCCUCACCUCUGCUCCAUCUGCGGAAAGAGUUACUCCAGAGCAUUUGUCCUGAAAGUUCACCUGCGAGUUCACACUGGAGAGAAACCGUACACUUGUGAGAAAUGUGGAAAGUGCUUCUAUUACUGUCAAGGGUAUCGAGCGCAUCUGAAGAUCCACGACAAGAAGCCGAAACCUCCGACAAAACCACGAGGUCGACCGAAACAACUGAUGUUAGUGGUAAAUGACCAAUAAUGGUGAACUGACAGCAGUGUGAGAUUAUAUAAAGGGUAAAAGUACAUUGAGAACAGUUUGCUUCUCUAUUAACAUGUGAAAUAAACAUCUUCUAUAUGACUGAAGUGAUUGGCAGAGCAAUAUGACACUAAUUACACGUAUUACAUGGUGUAUAGUUAGCUCCAUUAUUACAAAGUUGUAUUGGAUGUCAGUAUUUAAGACAGUAAAUCACUAUAUUGUAAACCAUU